GAUCACUGAGCUGCUGAGCGGAGAGGUUCCUAUAAGGUGUCAGGAUGUCGCUGUCUAUUUCUCCAUGGAGGAGUGGGAGUAUUUAGAAGAACACAAGGAUCUGUACAAGGACGUCAUGAUGGAGAAUCACCAGUCCCUCACAUCACCGGAUGGAUCCAGUCAGAGAAAUCCACCAGAGAGAUGUUCCAGUCCUCUGUAUUCCCAGGACUGUCCAGAGGAGAAAGCAAAUAUCCCACUGGAUCAUCAGGAAAUUUCUGGUGAAACGACGGUUGGACUCGAAAAACCUGCAUCACAGACCACGAAUGGUGACGGUGAGAUGAGAGACUCCCAUGAACAUCUUCUUUCAUCCAGAGAAGUAGAAGAUAACAAUGUCGCACAAGUCAAUUCAGUAAAUGCUAAUGUACCCUUAAACCUUCACAACAGAGAUCUAUCCACUGACGCCACUGGUCACAAGAAUCUUUUCUUAGAUCAAUCACUAAUUGGCAAUACAAGAACUGGACGUUGGAAAAUAUUAUGUGGUAAAUACUUUAGAAAGAAAUCUAAUCGAUCUUUGCAUGAAAGAAUUCAUAAAGAUGAAAGACCUUUUUCAGGAUCACAAUGUGGAAAUUUUUUUUGUCAGAAAUCUAAUUUUAUGGAGCAUCAAAGAAGUAACACAGGAGAGAAGCCAUUUCCAUGCUCACAAUGUGGGAAAUGCUUUAGUCAGAAAUGGGGUCUUGUUAAACAUCAAAUGACAUUUCACACUGGGGAAAAGCCAUUUUCAUGUCCGGAAUGUGGGAAAUGUUUUACUCAGAAAUCAAGCCUUGUAGAACAUCUAAGAACUCACACAGGGGAGAAGCCAUUUUCAUGUUCAGAAUGUGGAAAAUGUUUUAGCCAGAAAUCAAAUCUUGUGGAACAUUUAAGAAUUCACACAGGUGAGAAACCAUUUUUAUGUUCAGAAUGUGGGAAAUGUUUUGGCAAAAGAUCUACUCUUGUAAAGCAUAAGCGAACCCACAGAGGGGAGAAGCCAUUUUCAUGUCCUGAAUGUAGAAAAUGUUUUGGUCAGAAAUCUAAUUUUGUGCAACAUUUAAGAAUCCACACUGGAGAGAGACCAUUUUCAUGUUCUGAAUGUGGGAAAUGUUUCAGUCAGAAAUCAGUUCUUGUUACUCAUCAAAAAACUCACACUGGGAAGAAGCCAUUUUCAUGUUCAGACUGUGGGAAGUGUUUCCGUCAAAAAUCAGAUCUAGUUAAACAUCAUCUGAGAAUCCACACAGGGGAGAAGCCUUUUUCAUGUCCUGAAUGCGGGAAAUGUUUUAGUCAGAAAGAAAAUCUUGUGGCACAUCGAAGAAUUCACACAGGAGAGAAACCGUUUUCUUGCUCAGAAUGUGGUAAAUGUUUUGGCCGGAAAUCUGUUCUUGUUGAACACCAAAGAACUCACACAGGGGAGACGCCAUUUUCAUGUCCAGAAUGCGGGAAAUGUUUUAGUCAGAAAGCAAAUCUUGUGGCACAUCGAAGAAUUCACACAGGAGAGAAGCCGUUUUCUUGCUCAGAAUGUGGUAAAUGUUUUGGCCGGAAAUCUGUUCUUGUUGAACACCAAAGAACUCACACAGGGGAGACGCCAUUUUCAUGUCCAGAAUGCGGGAAAUGUUUUAGUCAGAAAGCAAUUCUUGUGGCACAUCGAAGAACUCACACAGGAGAGAAGCCGUUUUCGUGUUCAGAAUGUGGAAAAUGUUUUAGUCGGAAAUCAGUUCUUGUUGAACAUCAGAGAACUCACACAGGGGAGAAGCCAUUUUCCUGUCCUGAAUGCGGAAAAUGUUUUGGCCAGAAAUCAGUGCUCAAUACGCAUAAGAGAACUCACAGAGGAGAGAAUCCAUUUUUGUUUACUAAUGUGGAAAAUAUUUUAGUUGGAAAUCAGAUCUUAUGGGAUGUCUAAGAACAGGGUAGAGGCCAUUUUCAUUAUCGGAACAUGGGAAGUUUUAGCCACAAAGCAGGUUUUCCUAAACAUCAGAGACCUGACAUGGGGAAAUCUAAGAACCUUUGCAGUUGUGUGGAUGUAUUUUAAGAGCUGCUACCUAUGAAUGUCUUCUGAUGUGUAACUUAACCAGUUGAGGACCUUUGCUGGAACAACUGUAUAGGCAGGAGCCUUCAGAAGAACUGUGCCAGCUAUUAUAACACUGAUCGUUUAGGCUGUGCUUGCACAGUCAGCAGCAUGGCUGUAAUACAUAGCUGUCAUUCAAGUGAAUGGGAUGGAACUGUUGUAAUUACACUGCAUCGCUGCUGCGUUGACAGCAGGCAGGUAAACAUCAGCUGAUUGGUGGGGGUGUUGGGAGUUGA